GAAGUCUGCUUCUGAGUAGUACAAGGACGGUUCUGCACUCAGAUUCUUACCAUACUCUGUAGGAGUUGGGUCAGGCUGGAACUAGGUGAAGUGAGCUGCAUGUCGUUUCUGUGUUUCGAGUGUGGGUCACAUUUAGGAAACAGUCGAAGCAACGUUAGUCCCAAACCGCUGUGCACAUCGUUGGUGAUAUUAGCAGCUUUAGAAGAAGCUGCGCUUUUCAGUAAAAACUGCUGCCGCCAUUGUUGCUGAAAUCAGGAAGCUGAAUCCACGUCGACAGGAGGCAGAAACCGUGUUGAUUGAUCGGCUAGGAAGUGCUUUCAACACACGUGAGGAAAUCAAAUGGAUGAAAGGUCUUAACUGGAUAAUCAAGGAAGUGUUGGUAUCAUGGAGAUCAUCACUCAUUUCAUUAAUGAUACCAUUCAGUUCUAUAAAUGGGGCCUUACAAUAUCAGACAAGCGGGUGGAGAGUUGGCCCCUAAUGCAGUCCCCUCUACCCACGCUAGCAAUAAGCUCUCUCUACCUUCUCUUCAUCUGGCUGGGUCCAAAGUGUAUGCAGAACAGGGAGCCGUUCCAGCUGCGCUCCACGCUCAUCAUCUAUAACUUUGGGAUGGUGAUACUGAAUUUAUUCAUCUUUAAAGAGCUCUUUCUUGGUGCAAGAGCAGCUGGUUACAGCUACAUUUGCCAGCCAGUCAGUUACUCUGAAGAUGUUAACGAAGUUAGGAUAGCGGGUGCCCUGUGGUGGUACUACGUCUCAAAGGGAAUUGAGUAUUUGGACACCGUGUUUUUCAUCUUGAGAAAGAAAUUUAAUCAGGUCAGCUUCCUCCACGUCUACCACCAUUGCACAAUGUUCACUCUCUGGUGGAUUGGAAUCAAGUGGGUGGCUGGAGGACAAUCUUUCUUUGGAGCCCACAUGAAUGCUUCUAUUCACAUCGUCAUGUAUUUAUACUAUGGACUGGCAGCAUUUGGCCCGCAAAUCCAGAAGUACCUGUGGUGGAAGAAAUACCUAACUAUUAUACAAAUGAUUCAAUUCCAUGUCACCAUUGGCCACACAGCCCUGUCUCUCUACAUAGACUGCUCUUUCCCCAAGUGGAUGCACUGGGCCCUGAUUGCCUAUGCUGUAACCUUCAUUUUCCUCUUUGCAAACUUCUACUAUCAGACCUACCGGCACCCAAGGAAGGAGAGGUCCUCCAAAGCAGGAAAGGUGGCUGUGAACGGGGUCACGUCCGUGACAAACGGGUUGAGCAAGCUGGAGAGCAAACUCGUGGUGGAGAAUGGGAGGAAGAAGAAAAAGGGGAAAGCAAAACGGGAAUGAGACGAGAAAGCUGGCCUUAUCGAAACAAGUGGCUUUAGAAAUGAGGAAUCCUCCAAUGUUGAGAAGUGAAUGAAUGAUUUUUCUUUAACGUGACAAAGUUAUUAAAAGAGGGAUAUAUGUUUUUAAUCAGACACUUGGUUCAAAAAGACCAUAAAGACAAAUAACCAAAAAGUAAAAUAAAAAAAAGAAUACAUUUACGAAAACAGAGGAAAGAGUCAAAUAUCUAUCCUGACAGUGUAAUUUAAGCUGGUAUACACUAAGAAUCAAGUAAUACAACUCUAAACCUUCUUAAAGAGAAUGGGACUUCAAGUCCUGACCGCAGUUUACAUUUAUGUAUUUAUUUUUUCUUCAAGGGUUUUUGUUUUCUAGAGAGAUUGCAGAUGUUAUUUUUUGCAAUUUAAAUAUAUGAAGAAAUACCCAGAAUGUGCAUACUAUGUUUAAUCAGUGUAUUGCCCCAUCAUAUGUAUGUCAUUAAUCAAUAUUUAUAAAUGCCCCAUGAAUAUUUGGCACAUUUAAAAAACUUACCAACAUAUUUUACUAUUGGUACUGUCUUUGUGAAAGCCUGGAUUAGAUUUUAGCUACAUUAACAAGCAUUCAUACGCUAUGUCCUUUUUUUUAUCACUGUAAUGCUGAAGCUGGUCCAUAUAUUUGUGUCAAUGGGGCUGGAUCUGACCUCUAUUUAGCAAGAGGCAACUUUCUAAUUCCAGUCCCACUUGACAAGAGGGGUGGGGAGGGGGGGAGAGAUAUACCACAGAUUGUUGAUCCUUCUUGUCCUGGGUAUCUCACAGCAGCCCAAUAACACAGACUGCUGAGCUCUGACCAUAUAAUCUGAUUGCUGCUUCAAGAGCCACAGGGUCUCAAAGAGUACACGCAUUUCCAGGGCUGGUCUGUAAUUGCACAGGUUAUGGUUUGAUUGUAGCUGUUAUUAAUUAACCAUUUUAACACUCUUUAUCAGAUACUGCCUCUCUUAGCACCUCACCUCACACUCUUGUAGUUUAAAACAAGUAUAAAUGUAUUUCUUCUGAUGGUUAACAAUUAUUCGCAAUAUUGCAGCACCUCAGUGGUGCAUUCUGUGGCACAGUUUUAUGUUUUGUGUGUAUAUUAUAAAAAAAAUCUUAAUCUUGUGAGACUAACAUAUUAAUCAACAAAAUUACAAUCCUUUUGUUUCUGAAGCUUGCGGAAAAGACUAAAAAAGAAGAAAGAUUGCAUUUGAAAUGGGGCCAUCUGUGUUGACGAUAGCAAGCUUAAAGGGUGAUAAUGGUCAUGUUACCAAGUCUAGUUAAAGUAGUGUAGGGUUAUAAAAGGGGUACCAAUGCGAAGUAGAAUGCCUGAUGCAUUUAACAGGAGCUUACCUGUUUUCUGGUUGGAAAUGUACUAGAAAAUAUGGGGAAAUGUUAGAUCUGCAUAUUUAGUUCAAAAUACAAGGCAAAUGUGAAUACCCUUGACAUUCCCUUAACACUAUUUUAGUAACUAAACAGCACAACAGUAGAUUAUGUAACUGGUACAUUGUUUUGAUGAACCAGUUAAAAACAAAUAGGUAUUUAUUGGAAAAUGUUACUUUUUAGUCAAUUGCAAAACUUAAACUAGCAUUGAACAGCAGAAUUGUACAUUUUUGAUGAAAGAAAAGCUGACAAAUAUGCUUUGCUCGGAAACGGCAAGAUUUUAAACAUUAAGGGUCAUCUGCCGUUUUGCUUUUCAUAAUAGAACAUUUAAUUCCAUCGUAAUUGCUAUGCAUGCAGUAAUUACUGGACAGACUCAUCAGGAUGUAUUGUUAAUGCAGUGCAGCAUUUUGCAUGUACAUUUUGAGCAUUGUUGUUGAAACACAAUUCACAAUUAGACAGGUAUUCUGAAGAGAUUGUAAACAUUUGAAAGCCAGUUUAUUCAGUUUAGAUCAUUUCUCAUUUAACCAAAGCAUGAUGGAAAAGCCUAUAUGCAGACGGUACACUGCUGUUCAGCAAGUACUGGGGGCACUGUGUGUAUGUAUGUAAUGAUAGUUCUGAACAAGCAUAUUGCACACUAAUUAUAAUAGCCUGCCACUCUCAAUGCCCUCACAAUAUUACCAGGGAUUUAAAUAUACUGUUUUUGACAUAGUUCUCAAAUUUGUAUCUGUUCCUCAUUUUUAUUUAAACUUACCAGAACAGCUAUAACCAUACACGUUUAUUAAACUUGCAUUAACCUAUUUUACUGCUAUUACAUAAAAAAGAAGUAUGCUGGUGCAUUUUAAAGGACAUACAGCUAUGAAUGCCAUUAAUAGUCUUUACCUUGUUAUGAUGUUUUCAGUCAUUAUGAAUGGGAAAGCAAUGGCAAAACAACACAGUUUAGGUUGAUCUGCGGAGAAGAAUGGCAGAAACAUUGGCGCAUUCACAAUGAUUGUGAUAGUUUUUUUUUUUUUUUUCUCUGUGCUGUGCAGUUUUAGCUCCAUUGUUGUAAUCCUGAUAAACUCAAUCCUUAGGUAUGGUAUGACCAUGAUAUAUAUUGAUAGGUUAAAGAGUAGUCAGGUUCAGGAAUCAGAUUUGUUAGAAACAUCUCAUUUCUUUUUUGCUAGACCUCUAAUUUGGAAACCCUGAUUUACUGAUUUUAUGUGUUUUAAUACUUGGUGUCUAAAAGAUGUCAAUUUAAUUUUAUAGUCUCCCCAUACCAUCUGAAAUUGUCAUAACAGAUGUUGUUUGUUUUGUUUUUUUGUAACAGUUGAUACAUAUAUACGAUUGACAUGGUAAAUAUGUUGAAUGGUAUGGUUCUGAAUUGUGUUGUUUCUGUUUAUAAUAAUCACUAAAUUAAGUGUUGUAUUUGCUGUGUAAUUGAGAGGAUUGUAAAUUUUAGAAAUGUACAAAAUGUUAAAUUCUCGUAAACAAUGCUGUUCAGCAUUAUGAAGGGCAGUUAGAAGCCAGAUAAAAGUAUUUUUUUAAAAUACUGAUUACCAUCAUACUGUAAAAAUUGUCUUGUUGCUGCAACUACAAUGUAAAUAAACAGAAUGCCAGUC